AUGGCACGUCUCAAUCUCACAGCACUUUCGUCGCUCCGGGUUUCUCGUCACCAAAUACCAGCACAUAAUCUCAUUCCAAACACUUCCAUCCAGAACAAACCUCUACUAAUAUAUCAUUCUUGCAUUCACCCUUCGACUUCAGCCAAGGGUAUAGAAGCUCAUCUGCAAGAAGUAGGGGUUGUGACACCUCAAUGGAGAUAUUCAAUGUUCGAUACGACUCAUUUUCAUAGUACUACCCAUGAAGUGUUGUGCAUUUCUGCUGGAAAGGCUACUCUAUGUUUCGGCGGAGAGUCAAAUCCAGAAAGGGUAGAAGCUUUAGUAGAGACGGGCGACGUAGUUGUUGUCCCAGCAGGGGUCGGUCAUCGUUUGCUGGAUGAUUAUGGCAGCGGUUUUGAGAUGGUAGGAAGUUAUCCAAAAGGGAAAAGCUGGGAUAUGUGCUAUGGAAAGAAGGGCGAAGAGGAUAAGGUGGGAAAGAUCAAAGAUUUACCGUGGUUCGGAAAGGAUCCAUUAUAUGGUAAUUCAGGUCCUGCACUUGACUAG